AUGGAAAACCAGCCUUUACUUGCUAACACUUUGCGCUAUGGCAGCGUUCCUGAGUCCGUUGCUGGAAAAGCGAAAGCCGCGUCCCAGAUCAACACAUUCGAUGUCUGUAAUGCCCGUGACAUUGAGCGCAUGAGUCGUCACUUGGACAAUGGGAAUCUCGGCGCUGCCAUCGACACCUUCAUGUGCCUAGUUUCGAUAGUUUUUUCUGGUACAUACGUCGCCAAUACGUAUAUCCCUUACAAUAGUAUGCCCCAUUCGAUCUGGGUCGUCGAGUUGAUCUGCGCGUCGCUAUUUACCAUUGAUUUUUCUUUUCGAGGCAUUUAUCUAGCUGCUAAUCGACGUCAAGAGUAUUUACUAUCACUAACAACAUUUCUUUACCUCGUAAACAUUUUGCCGGUACUUCCAGCCUCUUUCUUCAUCCGCUACCAUACUUUUUGGUACGGUGAGUCAUUGUGGCGCUUUAUCUACCCCUUGCGCUUUGCCAUGUGCUAUCUCACCGGUAAAGCAGUGCUGAGCCGCUGUCACGCUUACCUGAACCCGGUGCAUCAGUUCGCAUUCUUGUGCUACUUGCAAAUUAUAUGUAUCCUGUUGGGUGCUGCUGGGAUCAUUCAAGUCGCUGAGACAAUGGAUGGCACACUCUCGGUCAAGAAUCUUGGUGAAUGGACCUUUUUCAACGCGUUCUUUAACUCUGUCAUGACAUUUGUGACGAUUGACAAACCGCCGGCGGAGACCAAUCUGUCAAAAAUCUUUGUGGGCUUGCUCGUCUGCGUCUUCAUUUUAGUCAUCCCGUACCAGAUUUCGAGCGUUAUGGACUUAAGCAACUCCAUCUCACCGUAUGAGGAAGCUAGCUACAAACCUUCUUCUAACAGCCCGCAUGUUGUGCUGUGUGGAGAUCUCACUGCUUCUCGCAUCAGCCACUUCUUUCAUGAAAUUUUCCACAACGAUCACGAUUUUGUUGGCAUCCAUGUUGUUGUGCUGAGUGAGGACCCUCCGGCUACGUCACUUAAAGCACUGCUGCUGGACCCAUUCUUUGCGAAGCGCGUUUGGUUUGUCCAGGGAUCAUUGCUUGACGUUGACAAUGCGAAGCGCGCGGCUUGUGACACUGCAAACGCCAUUUUUAUUUUGACGAACCCCGUGAGCGAUCAAGAAACUUCGAUCAGCGAUCACCGCACUUUGAUGCGUGUGCUUGCGGCUAGACGCCAGGCUCCGAAGGCGCGCGUUUUUGCGCAGCUUAAUCGAUCCAUUCACUGUCAGCUCGUUCGCGACAUGGGAGUUCAGAAUGUGCUUUGCCUCUCGGAGGUUACGAUGUCGCUGCUUGGCCAAAACUGCAUUUGUCCCGGCUUCUCAACUUUCAUGUACAGUAUCACGUCAACUUCCAGUUUUGAUGACGACAACAACGAAGGCCUUGGAAGCGAUGCUAAGCUUAGAAACCGUUCUACAGCUGUUGAUAAUGGCAAAGGUUCUUGGGUGGACAAAUAUUUGCUAGGAGCGAGCCACGAGGUUUAUGUGGUCGAAUUGCCGCCGACAUCGGUGAUUGAGGGCAAAACUUUUUCUGAGUUGGCUUCACUUGCUUAUUCACACUGCAAUGGAAUUAUUGUUUUUGCUGUUGCCGAUGGUCCCCGGGGCAAAGUGGUUCUCAACCCUGGUGAUUCGUACACUUGCGUGGGUGGCGAGACGGCUUACGUGAUUGCUCAGACCCAGGGUGCCGCCAAUGCCUUGACAGAACUGAAAAUUAUGUCGAUGCCGUUGGCAUGGCGAGCAAUGCAAGUUUCGUACCAUUCCUCACUUGUGCGCAUUGAAACAAAUGGUUCUAGUGAUGGUCAGGAUGCAGAAGCUCCUCUUCAACGACGCCACGCACGGUUUGUAAACUGGCAGUUUGAGGAUAAUGAAAACCCGGAGCCUGAGCAAGAGACAGAGACAGAAGAAAAGGAAAAGGACGAGAAUUUAUCUUCAACAAAAAACGCCUCAAAGUCUGUUAAAGAUGCUGUUAUCAAUGACGUGGAAGAACUCGGCGUAGGAGCCACUCCCAUCGUGAUCUGUAUAACCACAGAAUCGACUUUUGCAAAUGAUCUGGAGCAUCUUAUCGGUCCUCUUCGCACUCGCUCUUUGAAACAGUACUACCCAGUUGUGAUCCUAUCGGCAAAGCUCCCUGAUGAUGAUAUCUACGAUGGUUUCAGCCACUUCCCUGAUGUCCACUUCGUCGUUGGCGACCCAUACCGUCACAAAACCUUAUACAGAGCAGGCGUUCUCGAUGCUCAUCGCGUAUUGAUUUUGAGUACUUCAGCUUCAGCGUCAGACAACGGCUCCGAAUUGCUGCAGGAUGCGGAAUCUAUCGCGCUGCACAAGUUUAUCACAAGUUUUAUCGGUGUGAAGAAGGCACCGUGCGUUAUUACAGAAGUGGGGAACCGAGCCAGCGUGCAUUUUGUAGCGCAAAACUUGUUGGAGAACGGUUGGUUUCCCGGUUCUCACGGCGAAAAUGAACUUACGAUGUUUUCUUCAGCAAAUACGUUCUCGCGCAACUUUUUUCUUUCACCAGCAUUUACGUCUGGAUUGACAUACAGCACGUCGCUGUGCGACAGUUUGCUGAUCAACCAGUUUUUCAACGGCCAGAUCAAGAAGAUCUUAGGUGAGUUCAUGUUCACAUCCCGUGCUAGUGACACAUGGGCUGCGUUGCGUGGUGACAAGUCGAAGCCGGAGACCCAGCGAAGCUCUCUGUUUGCUGUUGAAGUACCGCUGGACUUCGUGGGUCGCUGUUUCGAGUAUGUUUUUCAUUACCUGUUGUCAUCCGACGACAUUCUGGUGAUCGGACUCUAUCGCUGCCAUCCGUACAUGAAUGCUGCAAGCGCCGGUGAGCCCACGGCGCGAGUUGAAGUACCUGAAAAGGAUCGCAGCGUGCCUUUUGGCUAUGUCUAUGUAAACCCGCAGCCUUUUGAAGUCAUCACGGGUGACGACCUACUCUAUGUUCUAUCGAAUAAGCAGCCCUGCUGGGCUGACUCUCAAGACGCGUAG